AUGAUGGUUGACAACAAGGACUCUACGGUAGAUGAGCUAAUCCAACUUGUGCAAGGAAGGACUACAUCUCAUGUUACUGCUAACUUUAUAUAUACUUUGAAGAGACUAGCUGUGAACAAUAAAGACAAUUUGGAUAAGUUUUUGUCAAGCUGUAAUUCUUUGGGGAACUUCAAAGAUGAAGGUGAAUUUUUGAAACAGUUGCAUGGAAAGUUGAUUAAGAUGCAUGAAGAUCCAUCUGUUAUCUCUGCAAAAAUCACAGGGCUUGUAUCAUCGUAUAAUUCUGAAUCUGAAUCUGAAUCUGAAUCUGGAUCAGAUUCCGGAUCACAAACUAUUACGCAACAUAUCCAACAACUCGAUACUGAAAACCAGAAAAGCUUAGGGCCAUCUUCUACUUUAAGGAAUAAAAAGUUAGGUAUUUUACGAAGUAAUAUUUAUGAAAGUGAAGAUGAAGACGAGCAUGAAGAUGCUGGUAACGAUAAUAUGACAUUGCUCAAUAGGCAUUUGCAAAUGAAAAGUGAAGAUCCAAACAAAAAGAUAAUCUUCAAAAAGAUAGAAAAGAGUAAAGCCAUGAAAUUGAAUGAGUAUGCUGAUUCAAAAGUUGUGAAGCAGUCUAAACAUCGAUUGUCAGGUAAGGAUAAUUUCGACUUAAGAAAUAAUAUCUCAAUACCACAUACGGAAAGUUUUAUGUCUAAUGUGAAUAACAAACAAAACAUUGAUGAAAGCGAUAAUGAAUUUUUAGUAAUUGAUGAUUUGAGAAAUAAGGAUGAUAAUUUAGAAGAUGAACGCGAAUGGUAUAAUCACGAUGAUGAUUAUGGAAAUGCAGUUGGAGCUGACAACAUAUUAGGUACUGAGAAGUUUAUUCCGGAAAAUAUCAGAACGGGAUCCUUAAAUUAUAGAACUGACAAUAACAAUUUGAACUCAGAGAUACAACUAUUGCCUUUACCAAUAGAAAAACGAAAAGAAUUAUUACCGUCGUUUAUUAAACAGUACGAGACGUCUUCCAGUGCAUCAGAAAAGUUAAUUUCAACUUCCUUAUUGGAAAACGACACUGAUAUUCUUAUCAAUCCAUUUAGAAACCCAGAGAGUGAAUUCUCCAUCAAUGCAAAGAAAGGUAGUUUUCUGGUAGCUCAGAGGAGGAAGUUAGAGAAUGAAGCAAAGAAGAAUAGAAAGUCGGCAAAUAUCGCUGGUACCUCUUUGGGUGAAGUUAUUGGCAUCAAAGAUACUCAACCAGAUGCUAAUAGGAAAAAUGUGAAAGAUAAGGAAAAUAUUAGCUCAGCUGCAGAAGUUGAAAUGACAGAAGAUAUAGAAAAGACUAGAAAAUCACUACCUGUAUAUAAAACGAGGCCAGACCUUCUAAGAUUGAUUAGAGAAAAUCAAGUCGUAAUUAUAAUUGGUGAAACUGGCUCUGGUAAAACUACACAACUGGCUCAGUAUUUAUUCGAGGAUGGAUAUUGCUCAACCAACAGGAUGAUCGGAUGUACGCAGCCAAGAAGAGUAGCUGCAAUGUCUGUGGCCAAAAGAGUAGCUGUUGAAAGAGGCGUUAAUUUAGGCGAUGAAGUAGGUUAUUCGAUCAGAUUUGAAGACAAAACAUCGGCAAAGACUAAAAUUAAAUUUCUAACUGAUGGUAUAUUACUAAGAGAAUUUCUUUUAGAUAACGACCUAGAAAGAUACAGUGCUAUAAUUAUUGAUGAAGCCCACGAACGUUCAUUAAAUACAGAUAUAAUAAUGGGUUUAUUCAAGAAUAUUCUUUCGAAGCGAAGAGAUCUUAAAUUAAUAAUUACGUCAGCUACAUUAAAUGCCACAAAAUUUUCUGAUUUCUUUGGGAAUGCUCCCAAAUUCAAAAUACCUGGUAGAACUUUUCCAGUUGAAUUAAUAUACUCAAAACAUGCAGUAUCUGAUUACGUGCAGGCAGCAGUUUUACAAGCUGUUAAAACCCAUAUGUUUACAAAACUGGAUAGCGGUGAUAUAUUAAUAUUUAUGACAGGUCAAGAAGAUAUCGAGGCUACUUCUUAUUUUAUAAAAGAAAAGUUAAAAGAAGUAUAUGCAAAAAAAUAUAACAACCAAGAGAUGGAUGAAUUUGAUGACUUAGAGAUAUUUCCAAUUUACUCUGCUCUACCAGCUGAUGUUCAAAGCAAAAUUUUUAAGAAUUUACAUGGGAAAAAGAGAAAGAUAGUUAUUGCAACUAAUAUUGCGGAAACAUCUUUGACUAUAGAUGGAAUAAGGUAUGUCAUAGAUUGUGGUUACUCAAAAUUGAAAGUAUUUAACGCUAAGCUUGGGUUAGAUAGUCUAUCCAUAGUACCAAUUGCCUUAUCAAACGCCUCUCAAAGAUCCGGCAGAGCUGGCCGUACACAACCUGGUGUUGCUUAUCGUUUAUACACAGAGGAAUCCGCGAGUGAGGAUAUGUAUCCUCAGGCUAUACCAGAAAUACAGCGAACCAAUCUUUCAAAUACAAUAUUAAUGUUGAAAUCAGCAGGUAUCAACAAUGUAUUGAAUUUUCCAUUUAUCGAUAAGCCUCCUUUACAGACCUUACUAUCAUCAUUAUAUGAUUUAUGGUUUAUUGGUGCAUUGGACAAUUAUGGUAAUAUAACGUCUCUAGGGAGUGCGAUGGCAAAAUUUCCAAUUCUUCCUUCUUUAUCAAAGAUGCUAUUAACUGCUAUAACGUAUGGGUGCUCAGCAGAGAUACUUACAAUUGUUUCUUUACUUUCUGUUUCACAGAUAUUUCAGAGACCAAAGGAACAACAAGAAGAAUCAGAUAAAGCAAGGACAAGGUUUUUUGUUCCAGAAUCUGAUCACUUAACCCUUUUAAAUGUAUUUUCACAAUGGAAAAGUAACAAAUUUUCACAUAAAUGGUGUAACAAAAAUUUUGUUAAUUACAGAUCAUUAGUGAGAGCUUUAGAUAUUAGGACUCAGUUAAUUCAAGUCAUGAAAAGAAAUAGUUUUAAAAUUACAUCAGUUGGGAAAGAUUGGGAUAUCAUAAGGAAAUGUAUCUGUUCUGGAUAUACACAUCAAUCUGCCAAAAUUUCAGGUCUUGGGAAGUAUACACAUCUAAAAACCGGUAUAGAUCUUCUGUUACACCCUACGAGUGCAUUAUUUGGAUUGGCUGAUUUGCCACCUUAUGUUGUUUAUCACGAAUUAUUAGUAACUUCACAGGAAUAUAUUUGUUGUGUUACUGCUGUAGAUCCAUUUUGGUUGAUGCAAUAUGGUCUAGUAAUGUAUAAUAUCAAAAGGAUCAAAGAAUCGACAUAUGAUUCAAAUGGGUUUUAUGCACAUACUAAUGAUAAUGAAGACUUUGAUGAUUUGGAUAUAAAGAUAAAGGAAAUAAAACAUCAACAAAAUUUAGAAUUCGAGAAGAUACAAAAUAAUAAGAUAAUAAACAUUCCAGGAAAUAAACAAAACACAAUACCUAGGAAACAAAAUAUCCAAGACCAAAAAGUUAAUAUAGGCUUUAAAAGGAGACGACCAUUAUAG